CAGCCUUGGUAACGGCCUUUGAACCUCAUGAUCGAGAGAAACUUCUCUCUGGUAUGACGGCUUUCGGGUCAUCUGAGUAUCCCAUGACCUACAGAGUCCUCCAGCAGCUGUUGCGUCGCUCACAUCCGCACCAUGGCUCGAGAUGUCUCUCUAUUCGGGACCCCCAGACCAAAUGGCAUGCUUUCAUGGCCCUAGAUCUGGACCUUUUCAGUUCACCCUUAAAUUGCCAGUCCCUCGUCUCUUCUGUGUUUACGUUCUAUCAAUCCAAACAUCCAAUUGACAUCAUCAACGUUCACACAUAUCAAUGCAUUUCAAUUUCAGAGUCCGUGACCUAUGGGGGAGGGUGAAACCCAAGUUCAGAGACGCCUACGGGGACAUGUCCCCUAGAGUGGAGGCGGCCCUGGAGAAAGAAGCGGGCAUGCUAGAUCACUCCAAAGUUCCCUUUCUCACCUGGCGAACCGUCCUCUUGGUCAUUGUUGUGUCCAUGGGAGGGUUCAUCUUUGGAUACCACACUGCCCAGAUCUCUGGUUUCAUGACUAUGGAGGACUUCAAGGUCCGUUUCGCACAUUAUAAUCCAAACACAGAUACAUAUACCUUCAAUAAUGCCCGUACCGGUGUUAUUGUCGCUUUGAUCUGUAUUGGUUGCGUUAUUGGAGCCGUAUUUGCGGCUCCCCUGUCGGAAAAGAUUGGGAGGAAAUAUUCCAUGGUCUUCUGGUCCUUGAUCAACAUGGUCGGUAUCAUUGUCCAAAUGACGACGGAUCACAAGUGGUAUCAAGUCGCUGUGGGCCGUCUGGUGGCCGGUCUCGGCGUUGGUGCUCUUUCGGUCUUGGUUCCUAUAUACCAAAGUGAAUGCACCCCCAAGCAUAUCCGGGGUGCUAUGGUUAGUUGCUUCCAAUUGUUCGUCACGCUUGGUAUGUUCAUCGCCUACUGUAUCAACUAUGGCACCGAGUCGAUCCACAACACUUCGUCCUGGCGGAUAACAAUGGGUAUCGGCUUCGUCUGGUCGGGCGUGCUUGCUUUUGGAGUUCUGUUCCUCCCAGAGAGUCCCCGCCAUGUUUUCCGGAAAGGCCACCCAGACCUAGCGAAGCACACCAUGGCGCAGCUGUAUGGAAUUUCAGAAAAUCACCGUGUUAUCGCCGAGGAGAUAACGGAAAUGAAGUACAAAUUGCAGGAGGAAGAGGCCGAAGCAGCUACUACCCGCUGGUACGAUGCGUUUACCGCGCCGCGGAUGCUGUACCGGAUUAUCUUAGGGAUGGUACUCCAAUCCUUGCAGCAGCUUACGGGUGCAAACUUCAUAUUCUAUUACGGAAACACAAUCUUUCGGGCGACGGGUAUCAACAACAGUUAUGUCACGCAAAUGAUUCUAGGAGGUGUUAACUUCGGGACAACAUUCUACGGCUUGUAUGUCGUCGAGCAUUACGGACGUCGGUUGUCACUUAUGGUUGGUGCGGGUUGGAUGUUCAUCUGCUUCAUGGUCUUCGCCAGUGUCGGUCACUUUUCUUUGAAUCGGGUAGAUCCGCCACAAACCCCAGGUGCCGGAACCGCGAUGAUCGUUUUCGCAUGCUUCUUCAUCACUGGAUAUGCAGUUACCUGGGGUCCUAUCGUCUGGGCCGUCUGCACGGAGCUGUAUCCAUCGCGCUACCGUUCUACUGCCAACAGUAUCUCGACCCUCACGAACUGGAUUUGGAACUUCCUAAUCUCGUUUUUUACCCCAUUUAUCACCGGCUCCAUCGACUUCCGAUACGGAUAUAUAUUCGCAGCAUGCAACUUCAUGGCUGUGAUAGUGGUCUAUUUCUUCCUCUGCGAGACUCAAGGUCGGACUCUAGAAGAGGUCGACACCAUGUAUAUCGAGCAUGUGCAUCCGUGGAGUAGCAAAAAGUGGACGCCACCGAUCAGGACCAUGCACGGAGCCAAGGAGCACGAACAGACUGAAUCUGAACCCGAGCACGAACUUCAUGACGUUGCUCCGGUGGAAGAAGAGAAUUAGGAAAAUCACUACUACUAAUCAGGC